AUGGAUAUUGACAACGAAGGAAAGGAAGUUGAUCAGACUAAAUAUCGAGGAAUUAUUGGCUCUUUGUUAUAUUUAACGGCCAGUAGACCAGAUAUAUCUUUUGCCGGAGUAUGUGCUCGCUUUCAAGCCAAUCUCAAGGAAAGUCAUCUAAGUGCAGCCAAAAAGAUAUUAAGAUAUCUCAAGGGGAUGCAAAGUAUUGGACUUUGGUACCCAAGGAAUGGAUCAUUCGAUCUAGUCGAAUAUUCAGAUGCGGACUUUGCCGGAUGUAAAAUUGAUAGAAAGAGUACUUCUGGGACAUGUCAAUUCUUAGGGGGAAGGCUUGUCUCAUGGUUUAGCAAAAAGCAGAACUCAAUUGCCACGAGUACUGCUGAGGGCGAGUACAUAGCAGUCCGGAGCUUGCUUCACUCGAGGACUAAGCACAUUGAUAUUAACUACCAUUUCAUUAGAGAUCAUGUCGAGAAAAAGGAUAUCAAAGUGGAGUAUGUUAAUACUGAUGACCAGCUUGCUGAUAUUCUUACGAAACCACUCAACGAGUGA